CGACGUGUAUGCGGCAACUUUGAGCCAUGAGUCCCCUAAUUGACGACGAAGAGAGGGAUGCUGGGCCUCUGGCACCAGAAGAGGAAGUUGAAAAAGCAGACUCCAAAGCUGGCGAUGACUCGAGUGAGGAAGAGUCCGACAGCGACGAGGAGGAGGGAGAAGUUACCAAUCGAGGUGGCAAGCCUGUCAAGGAGCUUCUCGAAGAGGUUCUGAAAGGCAUCCAGGAUGGAACCAGAGACCUCACAAACGAGAGCCACCACGCUCAAGGGCGUAGAGCGCCUUCUCAAGCUACACUACCUCCGUUCGCGCAGUUACAAUGCUGCCAUGGAAAUUUUGUAUGGACGCAAUACUACUUCAGACUAUGAGUUAUACUUUGACUUAUCAGGGCACGGCAACAUCACUCAGACCGGUCUAGAGAAUCUCCUGUCCAAACUUCGGUUUGAAGACAUUCUCCAGUACGUAGCCAUACCGAGGCUCAACGUAGAGGUGAACAUGAACACUGCAAACAGCAAACGAUCCCGAGCGUCAGGCCGUUCACACAAACAAGACGGCGAAGGUCGACGGGAUCUAUGCUACAUCUUCGAUCGCCUGAGGAAGAAAGGUGUCAAGACCAUUCUCAAGGUCAUCAUUGAUGACUCGAUGACGCCGGCACACAGUGAUGAGGCCAUCGAGGACGCCUUGAAGUUCAUGGACGUUGAGAUUUGGGAUUGGAAACGGACAGAUUUGUGCUCCGAGGUCAUCUGCAGAGUGGCAGCAAAAGCUCGCGAAGUCAACCUCUACUGGAGCGGCAACAAUGCAGUGCUCAGGGGGUGGAGCGAAGAGGGAGGCUUGAAGAAGCUCGGGGAACUCAAAACGGUCUAUCUUCAUAUACAGCAGGAGUUCAAGAGGCUGCUCUUUGACGCAGAGCGUAGUUAUUACGAUCAUGGGAACAUCAAGGUUGACGAAAGCAUUGAGGAGCCCAUCAAAGUCGCCCUCAUUGACGACGGCGUGGAUGUCAAGGAUCUGGAGUUCAACUUCAUUGGAGGCCGGACGUUUUGCACGCGAGACGAGGAGCAUAAUCUCAAUGAUCCUUACUAUGUGUCCAGCACGGGACAUGGAACGAUCAUGGCCAGGCAGAUUCAAUCCAUGUGCCCUCGGGCGCAGUUUUACAUCUUGCGGUUGGAGGAUCAUGCUUCGGAGGAGGGAAGCAGGCAGAUUACGGCCAAGAGUGCGGCUCUGGCUAUCAGAGCAGCGGUGAGAAAAAAGGUGCACAUCAUUUCCAUGUCCUGGACCAUCGACCCUCCCGAAGACGAAGAAGAGAGGCGCUUCCUCGACGCGGCCAUUGUCGAAGCUGCCAACGCCGACAUCCUCAUGUUCUGCUCGGCCAGCGACAAGGGCGCCAAGCAGAACCUAACGUAUCCCUCCAAGGCAACGACCAAGAUAUUCACCAUUGGCGCGGCGACGGCUUCAGGCGCGGCAGAUUCCUGGGUGGGCAACCUCGGUAACAUCAACUUCAUCUUCCCCGGCACCAAAGUCGAGAUGGACGGGCCCCGAUCCGGCACCGACACGUCGUCGCGAGAAGUCACUGGCUCUUCGGUGGCGACGGCUCUGGCCGCGGGCCUUGCUGCCCUGGUGCUGUAUUGCGUGCAGGUACGCUUGUAUCUGGCGACGGAUCAGGAGAAGCAGAAGGCGAGGCGAGACUUCCAGCUGCUGAAGAAGCACGAGCACAUGAUGAAGGCGCUCAAGGACAUUGGCACGACGGAGGAGAGUAACCACAAGUUUAUUGAGGUGUGGGAGGUGUUUGGCAAGAAGGUGGAGGAGAAGGAGAGGUAUGAUCAGGAUAGAUGGCUGGAUUUGAUUGCUGAUGUGGGCACGAUUCUGUGUAGGAAGAUUGGUUAGACCAAGCUUGCCAUAUCAACUCGUAGAUGUAUCAAACAAUCAGCAAAUGAAGAAUUGAAG